AGCGAACUCAGGUGAGCCACUCGAGAUAGCGGCGGCUGGUUUCAGUAUUAAAGAUGAGGCACACGGUCCCUGUGCAUCAGUCAAUCAACAUGGCCCGGCUCUUGGUGCUCUCAGUGCUUCUUUGCGCAGUGGCGGCGCAGAUUGGGGUUCACGCAGCGGCUGGACCAUGGUGCAGGAUGACCGAGUUGACUUGCGGCGACCGCAAAGCGUGCUACUCGGUUGUCGGAAGGUGCGACGGUGAACAGGACUGCAGUGAUGGCUCCGACGAGGCCGGCUGCGAUGGUAUCCCCAGCGUGGUCCUGGCCGUCAACGCCACGGUCUUGGUGCAGGCGCAGUACACGAGGCACUACCAGCACUACGACUCAAACAGCGUGGAGCUUCUGCUGUGCGGCAGCGAGUCCUGCAGCCGCGUGGCGGUGUUCGGCCACUACAACGACGGCAGGCUGGGCACCUCCACGUGGACGGGCUGCAACCUCUACGGCAAUGAGUGCGCCCGACAGGAGUCGGGUUCCCACGGCUACGUGCACGAGCUGCUCUCCGGCGAGGUGGCGGUCGAGGUGCAGCGACGCGCCAGCGAGCUGGCCGUGUGGCGCCAGGGGCAUCCCGAGGACGUCGUGACGGUCCCCAUCGAGGCGGACUUCCGCAAGCUCGUCGUCAGACCUUUCAAGAUGUGGAGCGACAUGCCCGUCCAGUUCACUGAGCUUUGAGACAUAGUCGGCUACGACUUCAUGCGGACAAUCCACGUUUAAAUCAGGCCUAUCCGGUUCUACGACGCCCGUUGGCUCCACGGGAUGGCGAGUGCUUUUUCGCCAACAGACACCUAAAAAACUAGUGGAGCGUUGUGAAAGUUUGCAUUAAACGAGAAGUGAAAAUAUA